GAAUUUUGCAUAAUGACCCGACCCUCAUGACCUUGUUGCCGUCUCGAAAUUUUUUUCCUCUGUCAGCAAGACGACGUAAUGGAGGCUUCCGUAGACCAGAGUGAAAUCCAACAAUUCUACAAAAAUCAAACGGCCCUAGUGACAGGUGCCACGGGAUUUUUGGGAAAACUGGUACUCGAAAAGCUGCUGAGGACUGUCAAUCUGAAACAUGUGUACCUGUUGAUGCGAGAAAAAAAUGGAGUGGACGCUGAGACGAGGUGUGCGGAAAUGUUCGAUUCAUUGGCCUUCGGUAACCUGAAAAGAAACGACCAGGACUUCUUCAAGAAGGUCUCCAUCAUACUGGGCGACGUAGAAAAAGCGGACCUCGGCCUGUCAGACUACGACAGGAACCUCAUCGUCACGGAAGUCAAUUGCGUCUUCCAUUGUGGAACCGACAACCAAUUAGGAGCGCCCUUGAGGAGGGCCGUGAGGGCCAAUGUGAGGGCCACCAGGGAUUUGUUGGAGUUGGCGAAGCAGAUGGAAGAACUCAAGAGCUUCGUCUUCGUUUCAUCAGUAUAUUCAAAUUUCCCACUAUACGAAAUACACGAGAAGUUUUAUGCACCCAAAGAGACAGCAGAAAACCUGAUAGAUUUAGUAGAUAAGAACGAUGAAGCAGCACUGGAAACCAUGGAAAAUUCAUUGUUAGGAGAAUGGCCAGACACUUACACAUUCACAAUGUGCGCAGCAGAGGACCUCAUUAAAAGAGAAGGGAAUUGUCUUCCUAUCAGUAUAAUAAGGCCAUCCAUGAUACUUCCGGCUAACGAAGAACCAAUGACAGGGUUCGUUGACGAAAUGUCAGGGUUGCAAGCUGACACAGUGGCACGUGCGAUGGGGGUGAGCAAGGUAAAUUAUUACAAAAACGGUACUUUGGAUGUUGUGCCGGUGGAUCACGUGGUCAGUCUUAUCAUCGCAUCUGGAUGGUACUCCGCGUUACAAAGAAUGAGGAUGACAAGAGGUGAUGUUCCUAAUGCAGAAGUGACUAUUUAUCAUUGCAUCAGUUCUCAAGAAAAACCAAUUACUAGUGACGAAUGGAUGGGUAUAACCCAUACAGAGUUCCGAGAUGUUCCUACAAACAAGAUGAUCCAGCUCCCUAUUUCAUUCAAAACAGGCUGUUAUUACAACUACAAGUUACUGAUAUUCCUUCUACAUACUUGCAUGGCAUUUUUGUGUGAUACGGGACUGAAACUUGUAGGAAAGACACCAUGCGUAAUGGCGAUGUACAAGACCUUGCACAGAACACAAGAACUUCUCCAUCCCUACCUCCUCAGAGAAUGGUACUUUUCUAACGACAACGCCCAGAAGCUCCUCAAGAGAAUGUCCUUCAUGGACAGGGAGCUGUACAACUUCGACAUCUUGUCCCUCAACUGGCAGACCUACCUCACGAACUACGCCAGAGGUGUGAGGGUGUACCUCCUCAAGGACCCUAUGUCAACUCUGAAAGACGCUAGGAGGAAGCAGACCAGGAAGCUGGUCACUCAGCUGGUGUUUGCUGGGUUCCUGGUUACCAUUAUCUAUGUCAUCAGUAAAUUUGUGCUCUUUAGAAUCAUUCUCAAAUUACCAAUAUUUUAACAACCGGAAUGACAAUAACUCUCAAGUAAUGUUGAGCUUGAGUUUGUCUUAUUUAUUCUUCUGAAUCAGAGGUUUCCAAAGAACCUUAUUAUUGAUACAAUAAUGUUUAUUUGAUCAUUAUCUAGUUCAUUUGCUG